GCGCGUGCGCGCUCGGAGGGGGCGCGAGGCAGCGCGCCAGGCGGUUGCCGGCGCUUGGCUGCUGAGGUUGGCGGCAGGGGCUCCGUGCGCCCAACGGGCUGGUAGUUGCGGGGCCUCCCGCCUCGCCCCGAGUUGCAGGCAGUCGUGGCGGCCGCCGGGGACCGCAAAGGGCGGAGGAAAGCUGGGGCCGUUGGGAGCCGGCCCCGGCGCGCAGAGGAACAGCCGAGCAUGCCCCGAGACAACAUGGCCUCCCUGAUCCAACGGAUCGCCCGCCAGGCGUGUCUCACCUUCCGGGGUAGCGGGGGCGGCCGCAGCGCUUCCGACCGCGGCGCGGCGCCAGGCCCCGAGGCGCCGAUGCCGCCGGGCUUCCUAGAGAACCUGAGCAAGCUGAAGAGCCUGCUGACCCAGGUCCGCGCUGAGGACCUGAACAUCGCCCCGCGCAAGGCCACGCUGCAGCCACUGCCGCCCAGCCUGCCGCCCGUCACCUACAUGCACAUCUACGAGACGGACGGCUUCAGCCUCGGGGUGUUCCUGCUCAAAAGCGGCACGUCCAUCCCACUGCACGACCACCCGGGCAUGCACGGCAUGCUCAAGGUGCUCUACGGCACCGUGCGCAUCAGCUGCAUGGACAAGCUGGAGGCGGGCGACGGGCAACGGCCGCGGCCCCCUCCGUCCGAGCAGCAGUUCGAGCCGCCGCUGCAGGCCCGGGAGCGGGACGCCGUGCAGCUGGGCGUGCUGCGCUCGCGGGCCGAGUACACCGAGGCCAGCGGCCUCUGCAUCCUCACGCCGCACCGGGACAACCUGCACCAGAUCGACGCAGUGGACGGGCCAGCCGCCUUCCUAGACAUCCUGGCCCCGCCCUACGACCCCGACGACGGCCGGGACUGCCACUAUUACCGGGUACUGGAGCCCGCCGCCAGGCCCAAGGAGGCCUCCGGCUCGACCUGUGACCUGCCCCGAGAGGUAUGGCUCCUGGAGACGCCGCAGGCUGAUGACUUCUGGUGUGAGGGGGAACCCUAUCCAGGUCCCAGGGUCUUCCCGUGAAGCCGCCGGCGCCCGGGAGCGGUGGCUCGAAGACGUGCCCCAUCCCGAUCUGGGCCUGGCUGCCCGCGACCCAUCACAAGGGCUCACUCACUAUCCCCCUGCUUUGGCGUUGGAGCUACUGGAAUGGGCCGCAGCCGCUUCCUUGGGAGUCUUGGGAAGCGCGGGCGACUGGACUGCAGCCACCCGGCACGGUUCUGGGGGCGGGGUAGGCGGAGAGACUAGGUUGUUUCCUGGCUCUGUCACUGCCACCAGGGUUGUGAUUUGGGGGAGGGGGUGAGGCAGGGGACUGUCUGAAGCGCUUCCAUUCUAAAGCCAUAAUAUUCUUCCUCUGUUCCUCACCCAAAAUACAAAUUCAGUUCAAAAUAACACUAAGUAGGUAUUUUUUUUCUUGUUCAGUAAAUAGGGUUUGUUUUCCACUUAGGGCCUUUUUGCCCUUAUCCUUAUUGUUAUAGUUUUAAUUUAUUGACUGUGCACGAGCUAGUGGCUUGAAUUGUUUUCAAUUCAAGGCAUUGGUAAAAAGUAGGCUUGAAGAGACGAGCUACCCUAUUAAAAGUGAGCUGUCUUGCCUAUUUAAUUCGUUGUGAAAAUCACAUCCUUUUUUAGAGUUGGGGAGUCACCCCUACAACACAGCUAUGCAUGUAGAGGACAAGAUUUCUUUCCUCCUUUACCCAGUAGCCACAUCUGGUUUACUCUAGCAGCAUCUGACAAAGUCAGCAUCUAUAUAUCUCAGUGACAGGUGGUCACAUAAAGCUUAUCUUUCCCAUCAGUCUCCAGAUCUGAGUUGAGCAGAUUUCUGAUUCACCUUUAAUGCAAAGGCUAUAUUAUCCUCAAAUGACUUUCUUCCUUUUAAAGUACUUCAAGAAGCUAUAGGGUAAUUCUGUAUUUUCUAACCAGAAGAUACGGAGAUGCUAAAUCAGUUAUGCUUCCAAACAACUGAAUGUAAAAUACCCUAGCCAGCUGUUGAAUUCGCUAUCCCUAUUUACUUCCAGUAUUUCCUGCAAAAGUAGAGAAAAACAUGUUGAGGAAUGUUUCACAUUGUCUCAGGAACAGUAACGUUCCAGAGGGCUGCUGAUUCCAGCUAUGUUGUUGCUGGCAAGGUUAGCUCAGAACCCCUCAAACAAGAGAGUGAAUGUUGGCUUCCUCUAAUGUGGCUUUUUAUAGGAAGAGGUAAAAGGCACAGGUGAGCAAGGCUAGAAAAAUUGAGAAUUAACUCUAGUAAUAGCCAUUCAGGUACUGAAACUUGGGAGUAAACACUUGCCACUCCCUACCCCUUGAAAGGAAACCCUGGUAGCAUAGUGGUUAAGAGCUACGGCUGUUAACCAAAAAGGUCAGUAGUUCAAAUCCACCAGGCGGUCCUUGGAAACCGUAUGGGGCAGUUCUACCCUGUUCUAUAGGGUCACUACGAGUCUGGAACUGACUCGACGGCAAUGGGUUUGGUUUUUUGGGGGGUUUUUUACCCCUUGGAAUUAACAGUUGUGCCAUCUGUGACUACUAUUGUUUUUGUCCUUUAAAUAGGCUGAGCAACUCUAUCUUGUUUACAAAUGUAUUGACACCAUUUGCUUCACGCCAUGGAGCACUAUUGUUUCCCCCUUUUUACUAUUUAUAGGAUUUCCUUUUUCACAAAACUUUUAAUGAAAACAAAUUGUAGAAAUAAACACAGUAAAAUUUGCCCAGCUGUCGUCUGAGCCCUCUUGAUUGACUUGUCCCUGUGGCAGUACUGUGCUAAGAUCUGUAAUAAAGGAAGAUUGCUAUUGGUAGGAAAUGUUUGUUGACCCCGUAGGGAAACAGUAUGUGCCUUUGCCUCUUCGUGCACACCGGGUUACAAAGGCUCCGGGUGAAGGAACACUUCUUGCCAAUUUUUACAAUAGUAAGAAUAAGCAAACUCUUGACUGACUGAUUUUUUAACAAAAACGAUGACGCCUAUUUAAGGUGAUAUGCCACCAUCUUGCAAAAUCUGACACAGGCAUAAUCCGUGCCUCCUGCCAAGCAUUUCCUCCAGGGUUGCUGAAAUGGUUUUGUUGUAGCUUCGUGUUCUCCUGUGGUUUAAUCUGCCUUAGGGGCAGUUGGAAGCAGCUCUUCCUGCCAUCCAGUGUGAAAAUAAAUUCUGGCUAUGCAAAUGAUGAUUUUCUUAGAGAAGAGUUCCUAAAAUAAAAUGUCAGGAUAUUUUUGUAGUACACUAAUGAAUGUGUAGGGCAGUCACAUACCUAUCUUUUUUGAUUUAUAUUGUAGCAAAAAAUUGAUUAACGUACAAGGGUUAUUGAUAUUAACGUAUAUGCUAUACAACCUGAAGUCCAUUUAACUAACCUUCAAAAACUCAUCGUGACAAUAGGACAAUAAUAAUAAAGAAAGAACUGUUUCAAAUUUCUUUGUGAAAAAAGUUGUAAGUUCUCAAUUUCAAGCAAUUUGGAGGGAGAAAAAUCUAAGGUGCUUUUCAAAAGGAUAACUGAAAUUGUUGCAGGCUGAAACAACAGUAUGAUCUCCAGUUCAGCAAGAACACUGAACCUUCUGAUUCACUGAUAAGUUCUGAGUAAAUCAAUGGGGAAAAUAAAAUGGAACUGUUUUAGUGAGCCACUAAAAAAAAGGAAUAUUCUCCUUACAGAGACAAAAUGUGGUGCAGAAAACCCGGCACCUCUGUGCAUGAACCGUCAGUCAUGACGGCCUGCGUAUGCUGCCGUCGUGUUUCAGUGUAUUCCUGCAAUAUAGACUAGGUUUUGGUAACUAUGGAAGAAAAGUUACCUUCCCCUAGGAAAGACAAAUGAGCACAAUGACAGUAAUCAUUUAACUUUUCUGUUGAAUAACAAAUGCAAUAAUUGCCUCUAAUGGGUGAGAAACUACUUGUAAAGCUUUUUAAUUUUCUAGUUCUAUUAAUGACCAGCUAUAUGAAUGGAGGAGAGUAUUACAUACCUACCUACCAUAUGAGAAUUGAUUUUUACUAAGCCUGAUCUUGCAUGGAUUGCGUUUACACCAGCUGCUGUCUACUAAUGAAAAGCGUGAGCUACUUUUUAAGUAAUAUGUGUUUUGUCAACAGGAGUUCUCUGACCUUUUAACACUAAUGGCCCUUCGCCCCGAACACACCGUCUAUUCCUUUUGCGUUGUUCCCUUGUAGGUGCGUCAGUCUUGGCAUCUCAGGAAGGACUCUGUCGUCACUCAUCUGUUGCAGAUCAUUCUGAAUCUUGUACUCUAGUUCAGCUGCCCAAAGCAGCAGCAAUGGAUCUUUAAUUCAGGGUUCUGUCCACUGCUGUUCAACUCUGACCUGAGGAUAGUGCCACUCCUGUACUGCUGAUGUGAAGUCGGCACUUCAGGUUACAUACAGAAGGGACCACCGAUCACCUCCAGGGCAGUAAGACAUCUAAUGUCAAAGAAGCAAACCGUGUGUAAGCCCCACGUGGAUACCUACUCUUAAAACCCAGGGAUGUUUCCAUUUCCUGGGUUAAAAUCAUUCAGUGUACUUUUGGAAAAAUAAAGUUACGUUUGAAAUUAUUUGGAGGUAGAUCUUAUUUGAUUAUUGCAAAAUGGAAAAGGAAAAUAUGAUUUACUACAAUGUCUACGUUUUGAUUGUUGAAGGUUCACAGUCUAUACUGCAAGAUGAUGUUAUACUAAAAACAGGUGGCCUGCAAAUUUCUAAAGUCCAAGAAAUAAUAUAAAUUCAAAAGUGGUAGUUUAUUUCCUAGAGAGUGAACUUUGAAACAGAGUGAAAACACAUUGAAAACAAAUAGCUGAUCAUACUGUUUUGCCACGACAGAAAAAAGCUCCGUGUAUAUCUAACCUAAGGGGAAUAAGCUAGGGCAAGGAAACAAAAAUACUUCCAUCCUGAAGACUUAGAUAUCUUCUCUUUUGACUUCCUUUUUUCUGUACAAUUACUUUAGUUGUUCAUUUAAUGUGACAUGCCACUGUCUUGCAGAAUGUGACACAGGCAUAACGUGUGCUUGUAGUUUGGACUGGCAACAUUUCAGGCACUUGUUGGUGCUGACCACUUUGUCCCUCAAAAAAAAAAAAUUGUGUUGCACUAUUAAAACAUCACUACAACCAUUUUUUAAAUAUACAACAACAAUUUGCCUUAAUUUGGUUAGCAGUUAAUGAAAUUUAAAAACCUGAUUUAUGAACACUUGAAAACCUUACUUAGGUUUAAUAUACCUGUUUUUAAUGUGCACUGAACCAUCUCAAAAGCAUUAUGACUCUUCAAGGAAUUACUCUCUAGAAGUUACUUUUUAAUGAAAACUACCAGUAACAGUUGAAACAUCAAUAAUAUUCAAUAAAGCAUGUCUAAGAGAAAGAGCAGGCUUUUUAUAUGCUUUAUUUCUUAAAACCAAAAACCAAACCUGUUGCCAUCCAGUCGAUUCCGACUCAUAGCGACCCCAUAGGACAGGGUAGACCUGCCUCAUAGGGUUUCCAAGGAGCAGCUGGUGAAUUCGAACUGCGCACCUUUUGGUUGGCAGCUGAGGUCUUAAAGGCAAGGUAAAAAAAAAAAAAAAUCAGACACCUGUGAAAAGGACCCUGAAUGUUUCAUGCACAGCGAAAUUAAAUCAAAGAUAGUGACCUAACAAGUUGUAAUCAGGGGUAAAAGCCACAAGUUUGGCUCUGAGAAAACACAAGGGUGGUGUUUCUUAUGGUAUGUUACUGCCAUCUCAGCAAGCCCAGGUCAAGGUGAAAGCGAUUAUGUAACUAAUUUUGCUUUACUCAAAAUGUAUUCAAUCUUAACGCUUUAAAAAAUGGCUCUUAGUCUGUGGCUUUCUAAACAGAUGGUCUUCAUUGGAGGUGCUCUGAAAUUAAAAUUUGGCAAGGCAGUUAUGUAUGUCAUAAAAUUCGGGUACCAUAUUUUAAUAGAAUGGAAUCUUGGUAGAAGUAUUCAUUAAAAACACCUAGCAAAACAUAACAUUGUUUUAUACGUAUUUCUUCAUCAAAAUAGACCAAGCAAAGAUGUUAAUAUGCUGACAAGCUGGGAAAUACUAAUCUAAUGGAAAAACACCAGUCCUUAGAAAAAGCUAACAAGUUCUAAAACCUCCAGUAGUUUUUUGUUUUUUUUUUUAAGUAUAGAGAAAGGGAAGAGAUACAGAAGAAAAAGGUUAAUUACCUCCACAAAUUGGUUCUCAAAUUCUAGUGCUGGCAAGAGCAAAGGUGGUUUCCAGGAGUAGCUGUCGCUGUCUGCUGUCCUGAAAUACAGGCCAUCAGUUAUCAGCCAAGUCUAAUGGUGGCAAAGGACAAACAGCCGAAGGGAUCUUCAGAUGAUCUAGCUAGACAGUGAGCGGUGUGACCCGUUAGACCUGUGUACGGAUCCAAAGGCAGUGGAUGAAGUUAAUACAGACCAGGUUUUAGGGUAAAGGUGAGAGCGUAGCAAAACUACCUGUAUGAUGAGUGGUAAACAUUUUUGCUCCCUUUAUAUUUUAAAAUCACUACAAAAGGCUUGCAGUGAAACCAACCCUAUAGUGCAUUCUGUUGCAAACCAUUAUCUAGUAUGAGGGAGGGACCGUCUGUCUUUCUCUGAGAUUGUUUGGCUAGUGUACGCCGAUCACAUCUAAUGGGCUGGGUAUUUUGAUAGUCUUUAGAUCCACCAAACCUCUGGCGUAUUAAUGAUCCUUCAGAAUAGGGUUAAUCAACUGGGGAAUGAAGGCUGGAGAGAAAUGAGUCCGGGGUAAUUCCUUUGGCAACCCAUCACUGCUGUCAUCAGCAGUGCCUGAGUGCAUUUUUGAUCUGAAGAGGCGAUAGCGCUUUUUUCAAAAAGUUUUUUGUGGUCAUGAGAGUAAUCCUGGAACCUGAAAGUCAUUUCCAGCUUGACCACGCCACCACACUUUCCACAAAGCCACAUCUCAUCUGCGUUCCAGGCCCUGGUCAGGGUUCUGAAAGCAGUUGCAAAUGUGUAGUCUCCGAGUGGGCACUUGUUUGUAAGUAUUUAUUUUCCGGAGCCCACUCAGGGACGGAGAGAGGCUAUAGGCUGUUUUAGAGGACGGAACAAUGAGUCAAAACACCGCCUCCCCAUUUUUACACUAACGUCUGGGGGGAAAUCCCCAAACGCUUACGUUUGAUUAUGAAUGGAGAUUGCUUCGGGGUUAGAGGGCUGAUGAUGACAGGCUAGCAAAACUGGAGGUCCUGGCUUGGCCAAAACACUGAGCUUCCUGGUAUUCAGUGCUGUUCAGUCCUACCAACCAGAGGUCGGCUGUUGAAUUCCCACCAGUCAGUUUUGACAGCACCCAACAACAAAUCUUUCAGAAAUGAUUUCUGCGGCAAAAAUAUUGUUGAAAAGUAUUUAUUUACACUAUAGUCAUAAACCAUCCAUUAUCUGAAAUUCAGUUAGUGGUUCUGCGUUAGAAUAGGUUAUAUUUUCACAACUAUUAAGAGCUAAUAACUGAACAAGUCAGCUCCAGUAACAUUAUUUACAUUCUUAAUCUGAAAUUUGACUACAAAGGUAACACGUUUAAGUCACAAAACAGAGCAUACAAAAAUAUACUUUCUAAAAAAAAAAAAAAAUCCAAAUAUUAA